AUAUAUAUAUAUAGUAAAUUUGUUAGGGGCACCAUGGUGCCCGGGCUCCAUAGCCAUCCACCGUCCAAAUGCUUUAAGAUCCGUGCAACACACUAGAGGAUGCUAUCACACAUUAACGGGUCUAACCCGAUAAGAGUUGCAUGCAUAUACUUUCCUUAGAACAUGCAUGCAGGUAUUUCCAUUUUUACUGUGCAUGUAUUUACAAAUUUGCGCCCUCUAAUCAUGCAUACACAUUAUGAUUAGCACUUUCCAUUUUCUAUAUCACAUUUCCAUAUAUACAACGUUUGCAUGCAGAUACUUACCUUUUGAAUCACGAUUCGUUUUUGAAAAAUGACGCCAUUCCACUAAUUGCGAUUAUUGCCAUCUAUUUUCAAGAUUACAUUCCAUUUUCAAGAUGCACAUAUAACCGGCUACUGUAUUCCUUUUUUUGAUUUUUCUUUUCCACACUGUUUCACGGUCCAAGAGCUAGCUAUCCACAUCGUCUUCACCGAGUUACCUCGCCGGGAUUGCUCGCCAUGCCGUGAAGAGGGCCGACGUCCGUGGUUUUCGUCACCGACGACGUUCGUCCACAAGCCUCUUGCUGGAAACCAGAACUCCUCAACCAUUUUUGUCAAGCCAUUACAGCGCCUGAUGUCCAAGUGCCUUUUCGCUGCCGUCGCUGGUUGUUCGUGAGCUUCGGAACAGACAUUAUUCACCAGCGAGCUGCAUUACCUGAAAGGUAUGGAUCUCAGUGUUUAUCACUCACACAUCUUACAUUCACAUGCAGUCCCUGUUAUGUAUAGAUGAUUUGCCAUUCCUCUUCUUUUUAUCUACUAAACUGAGCACAUGAUGAAUCACCUGGAACCUAAAUUUAUAGAUUUUUUGUUGAAAUGCAGUUGAAUUUAGAUUGUUUUAGGUAUAUAACAUGCCCGUUCGAAUAUCUUUAAUUGCAUCCAGUGAAUAAAAUUUAGGUAGGUAGUGAAACAGCAGCAAUGUCUCUUUUACGUGGACAUCUCAAUUAUAAUCUUUGUAAAUAUAGAUUUAAUUAAUUUUAAAUUGAAGUAUAUGACCCGAAGAGAAUCAUAUUGCUUGUUUUAAUAAUGGUAGUUUUUAAUAGCAUGCCGCGGCUUCCAAAGUGUGCGAGCGUGAGAAGAAAUGUGAAGCGUCGUUCCAUUCAUGAUGAUGAUGACUUUGUCACUCCACCUACAAGGAAGAAGGCUGUUCGUGUUAAAUUCGUGGCACCGGUUUCGCGUUGUGUACCAUCUUCCAUCACACCUAUCAUACAGAGAUUUAGUGCUGAAAAGAAAGAGCUGGUAGCUGAGAUGGGUUUUGAGGGGCUGCUGCAUAUGCCCCUCAUAACAAACCAUCGUGACUUCAGCUACUGGCUUUUGUCACGGGUAUCCCCAACACGUUCGGCUAUCGAACUAGAAAGUGGUGAGGUUUUGCCACUGUCUCCUGAGGAUGUUAAGAAGGUGCUUGGGAUUCCUUGCGUAGGGGAGGAGCUGCAAGCACCCAAUGUUGAGUUUGUUUCUCAUGUCAAGAGGUUAAUUGCUGAAAGAAUGAAAGUUGCUAGUUUUAAGGACGUUAACAAGGAGGUAUUGGAGGAUGUAUUAGAUAAACACCAUAGAGGGCAAAUGUCAAAGGCUGAGAAAGAAAGUUUCAAAACAGCAUUCCUAAUGCUUGUUAUGAUGAAAUUUCUUGCGCCACAAUCAAAUAUGGACAAUAAAUGUCCAAGAUAUUUUUCUGCACUACUUGACCCCAAUGAAAUAGCAAAGUUCAAUUGGUCUGGGUAUGUGUUGAACGAGAUAUUGGACGCAGCGGCAACUGUUCAAAAGAAGCACGCUGAUGGCACUAAAUGUGGUUAUAUCACUGGUUGCUCUAUUUAUUUGCAGGUCCAUUAUUUGGAUAACGUGGACUUUGGAGGUGAUCUAAACUUGGAGCAUAAUAUAUUUCCUCGAAUUGCAUUAUAUGAUCGUGAUACAAUAAAGGAAAGAUAUCAGCUGGACAUCAGCGAAAGGAACUAUUACCAGGCAACACAGUUUGGAAAAUUAAAGCUACGGCCCAAAAAUGAAGUCUGCUACAAAAGAACGUGCGAAAGAACAUCUGUCACUGACAGCGGGGGAAAUGAAAAUGUUCAGAUUGAGUCUCAGCAUGCUGCUGAAUUAAUACAGAAGGCCCAAGAAUUGAAAAGUUUUUGGAUUUCCUGCAUUGGCAACCUUGAUAAGGCAACAGAGAGUCUAGUUAAGGUGACAGAAGCUUCGAAGAACAUGCCCAGCGUGACCAUACCAAUCAGCGAUGAAGUUGAUGUUUCUAAAGGUUAUACAUGCACAACUGUCAACGAUGAUGCUGAGAAUGGAAUAGAGGUCAACCAAACACCAUCUUUAGGAAAUGAUGUAGAAGAUGUGAGUGCAGCUGCUGCCAAUUGUACACCGAUGGUUCAUACUCACAACUUGAAAGAAGAAUCAAUCGACUUGAAUCGCACUGUUCCACACAGGACUUAUACUGGUCUGGACUUCGAUCCUCCAUCAUUUGAUCUAAAUAUUGACUACUCACCAUCAAAUAACACAGUGAGGCGAGAGAAUCAUGGAGUAAGUUGUCAUUCAAAGUUCAGGUAGACAAAGAUGAAGAAGAUUACAAAUGUGUUUGCAAGUUGUUUGAGCACAUGGGCAUACUGUGUUGCCACGUUAUCAAGGUAAUGACACACAUAGGCUGCAGAAGCAUCCCAGAUAAGUACAUUCUAAGAAGAUGGAGUAUUAGUGCCAGAGAAGGAUCUGGCAGCAACCUUGAGAGCUUCAGGAAUGACAAAGAUGCUGCCUCUUCCAGGACACACCGCCACACACUGCUCUACCAUGCAUGUAUAGACUUGUCCAAACAAGGUGACAUAUCGGUUGAUGCUUUCCACCUUGCUAUGAAACAUAUAACUGACGCACUGGAUGAGAUUAAACUAGUGGCCGGUACCAACGAAUCUCCCAUGGGGUACACUGAUCCCCCAAAUGAUGAACCUGCUGGACCGGAUCAAGGAGGUGAACAAAAUGAAGACCCCGCGGCUCAUCAGGCCGUACAAAGCUUGCCACUGCCACCUGAUCGUCGGGCAAAGCGUGGCCGACCUAGGUCCACCAGGCUGAAGUCCCCAGUAGAUGGUGGAGUCCGAAAAAAGCGCAUUUGUUCGAACUGUCAUCUGAAGGGGCACUAUAGAACUGGAUGCCCCACAAAUCCGGAGAACACAUCGAAGAACAAAGUGAUCAAGGUGUGCACGAAAUGCAAGUUAGCUGGUCACUAUGCAUCAACGUGUGGUGUUGGUGUAUAGAAGCAAGUCUAUCGUUGUUUUUAAAUACAAUCUUGUAAAAAUAUUCCCAUAUCUUGCGUGUUGCACUUGGACAAGUUUUUAAUUAAAUUCGGAUAUGUUUUCUAUUUCAUAAUUAUGUCAUUCAUCUUGUGGGAUAUACAUGUAUACGUGUUCGCUCUGUCACUCAUAAACCUAUGUGUACAUGUACACCUGUAAAAGUACAGAUUAUGUCAUUAAUCUUGUGGUAUUCAGACGUGCAUUUUUUCA